AUUAGAUCUCACCGUCUCUCUGUCUAAACAGCAGCAAUGAUCGGAUUACUUUUCACUCUCUGUCUCUUUGGAACUGUGAAAUUAUCUGACAUCACUGAUCUUCAAGUACAAACAGUGAGGCGGGGAGACAACACGACAAUAAAAUGUGACCAAAAAGCAGCCAAAGAUCAUUUAUUAGUCUGGUACCAACAGAGUUUAGGAAAGCUGCCUCAGUACAUCGUGAGACCAUUUGUGAGUGAAGUAAACUCUCCUCAAGAGUCUAAAAAAGAAGUAACGUACAGAUUCAAAAACAGCCGCUUCACUGUGGAUAAUAAGACAUUUGAUCUCAGCAUUAAUGGAAUCAAAGAAGAAGAUGUAGGAAUAUAUUUCUGUGCAAAUUUAAAAUCAGCUGCUUUAGAGUUUCUAUCUGGAACCCUUUUACUGUUUGCAGAUGAGAAGACUGACCAUCAUCCUCCACCUAAACCUGCUAUCAAGAAUGAAGAAGCUGUUAAACUCCAGUGUUCAGUACAAGCAGUUACUCUGAGCUGUUCAGGAGAUCACAGUGUGUACUGGAUCAGACACGGAUCAGGAGAAUCUCAUCCAGGAAUCAUCUGCAUUCAUCCACACACCAGUGAUGCGUGUAAGAAAAGCUCUGAGACUGAUUCUCCUCCACAGAGCUGCGUCUACAAACUCCCCAAGAGAAACUUCAGCCUCUCUGAUGCUGGAGCUCACUACUGUGCUGUGGCUGAAUGUGGAGAUGAAGCUGAAUCUACUGGAAAAGAAAAUAUCAGCUGGACUGUUGUUGUCUUGAUAACGUCUAAUGUGAUAUCUGUUAUUGUGAUCGCGGUUCUGGGUGGACUCUUAUGUAAGAAACAACAAGAAGGUUCUGUCAGUGGUCACCAAGACAACUCAAAACAUGAGGUUGAGGAUACAGAUGCCCUGAACUAUGCGACUGUGAAAUUUGCUAAGAAACCUCCUUCCAGAGCCCCCACAGUCGAGGAGAGUCAAGAUAUUUAUUCACAGGUUAAAGUACGAUAG